AUGAACGAGGUUGCCCCAGCUGAUGGCAUGAAAAAAGUCGACGCCAAAAAUGGACGCGCGAGUCCGCCGACGACUCGCGGCUCCUCUCGUCGCUCGAUUCCAUUAAUUUCUAGCAAAUUCUGGCUACGAUUAGUUCGACCUUGGAAGUGGAGGCACUUGAAGCGAAAAGUCCGAAGAAGCGACAGCGAUCGGUCAGCGAAUCGAACGCGCGCUGCCGACGAUGAUCCGGCGCCGAAAAUCGCUGCCACGUCGCCGUCACUUCCCGAAUUGUCGUCGAUCAGCUCGCGGGUUGAUCUCGACGAGAAGUAUAAUCGAGCAGCUGAGGCGAUCACAUAUCAACCGAGCACUUCAGCCGUAUCGCAACAAUUAACUCCUCCUCCACCUGCUCCAGCUCCAAACUCGGCUAAUCAACCACACGUAUCAGUAGUCCGUGCUCGUGUCCACGCCGAACAGUCAUCGUCACCACAACGCGUCUGUAUCAGGAAUCAGACGGCUGUGUUCACUGCGCCGCCUCCGCCGGAGAUUUGCGUCGAAUUGCCAGAAAGAGAUUCCGACGAAGAGAAUAUCAAUUACGAUCAAAGCACGGAGAGUGAAGGCGAAGACGUCGAAAUGAGCAAAUCGCGAAGUGGCGAAUUGUCGCCGCAAACUUCGAGAAUGAUGAAGGAAGGAUAUAAAAGAAUUGAAGCCAAAGAACCGAAUUUCUCAGCUCAACCUGACAAGCCCGCCUUGAGAAGGCCUGGGCAGCCGUCGAGAUUACGAUUGAAUAAGAAGUCGGCGAAUUCGACUCCCGUCAAAAAUGAUCCUCUUCCAUCAAAACUCACUGAUGAUAGCGACAGUGAUUCGCCGAUUCAAUAUCGCGAUGAUAUUCCCUCUCCGGUGUCGGCAGCAGCUGCUGCAGCUCGAAGAGCCGCCAAUAUGGCGCAACCGACCACUUCGUCGUCCGACGAUGAUGGCGAUGAUGAGGAAGAUGUGCCGAUUGAGAAAACGGGUCUCGCCUCGAGAGUGAAUCGCAAGGAUACAAUCGCGUUGCGUCUCGAAGCGCCUCCAUGUAAAGAUGACAUAAAUGGGCAGACGGCGGACGAUCGAAAGAAGCUUAUGAAGACGGCGUCGAUCAAAUUGGCACGUAAGCUAAGCGAAAGGCCGAGCGCUGAAGAGCUAGAGGACAGAAAUAUAUUGAAAAGGCGCGGACAGACGGCGCGCGAACAGAUGGAGGAGAAGAGAAAAUUGCUGUUGAGAAAGCUGAGUUUUCGUCCAACGAUUGCACAACUCAAAGAGCAGCAAAUAAUUCAAUUCAAUGAUUAUGUAGAAGUUACACAGGCUGAGAUUUAUGACCGAAAAACGGAUAAGCCGUGGACGAGACUAACACCGACGGAUAAAGCAAUGAUUAAGAAGGAAUUGAAUGAUUUCAAAGCGACUGAAAUGAAUGUACAUGAAGAAAGUCGCGUCUUUACCAGGUAUGACCUUUUAGUGACCCAAUUAGUUCUCGACUUGACAAUGCGCCUUUAA